CCACCAGCGUUUGACACAAAACAGAGGAUACUUAUUCACGGGAUUUGGAAUGGCGAGGUUACAAGUUUUGGUAAUGGCUCUAUUCAUCUCUGCAAUUGCACUUGAUCAAAGUUUUGUCAAUGCAAACUUUUACCAGAGUAUGUAUUUCACUCCGGGCGCCAACAAUGGGUCUUCAAUCGUAGGCAUGGGCAAUGACCUUCACCUUGUGUUGGAUAACAAAGCAGGCAGUCGCGCUCAAUCAACGAAAGCGUUCUUAUUUGGAAGCAUUGAAAUGCUCAUUAAGUUGGUACCAGGGAACUCUGCCGGAUCUGUCACAGCCUACUAUCUAUCCUCUAGUGGGAGCAACCAUGACGAAAUAGACUAUGAGUUCUUAGGGAAUGUUUCGGGACAACCUUACAUUAUCCACACUAACAUCUACACACAAGGAAAUGGAAGCAAGGAGCAGCAAUUCUACCCUUGGUUUGACCCAACUGCUGAUUUCCACAACUACACCAUACAUUGGAACCCCACUGAAGUUGUGUGGUAUGUCGAUAGUCUGCCAAUACGUGUUUUCAGAAACUAUGAGAGUGAGGGGAUUGCGUACCCCAGCAAGCAAGGGAUGAAUGUCUACACCAGCCUAUGGAAUGCGGAUAACUGGGCAACAAGAGGGGGGCUGGAGAAGAUCAACUGGACCUGUUCACCCUUCACAGCAAAAUUACGCCAAUUUAGGCCAAGGGCUUGCGAAUGGAAAGGACCUGUCAGCAUCAGUCAAUGUGCUUCCCAAACCAAUCCCGCUAACUGGUGGACUUCCCCCAUAUACAAACUGUUGGGUUAUGCUAAGUUGGGUCAGUUAAAGUGGGUCCAAGAUAACUACAUGAUCUACGACUACUGCAAAGAUUAUAAAAGGUUCAAUGGAACGAUGCCACCUGAAUGUUUUAAGCCACAAUUCUAA